AAACAUUUAUAAUAACAUCAAUUAUAUUUAUGAAAUGAAAAAGUAUUCGUAGACGUAGGGUUCAAAUCUAAUGUUGUUUAAGUUUUGAUGAAACUAAGUUCAUUUUAUUUAAAUUUUCAUUUCAUUUUAUUUAACUUUUUUUUGCUCAACUUCAUUUCAUUUUAUUUAAGUUCGUUAAAACCGUCGUUGAGUUUUGAUAGAAAAUCUUAAGUUUCCGUUAAGAUUUGGUCUUCUAACUUAACUUUCUGUAUGAGCCCACCGAUUUACAAGAUGAGAUUAUACAAAGACGUACAAAAAUCUUCUUUUUUUUUUGAAGGAGGGAGAUUACGCAAUUGAAGGGUUGCGUGUAAGAUUGUCCAAAUCUUUUAUUACAGACAAGAAAUCUUUCCUAGGCUAUCGUAGGGUUUAGGUGCUUAGGGGUAUUUUCGGGUUAUUAAAAGUUGGACAGUGUAACGAUUAUGGGGUGGGUAUUUUGUUAUUUUAGAUUUCUUGUAUGUACAGCCUAAAUUCUCUAUAUUCAUUUACUACCAAUUGAUAGUGUUAACAAAAAAUAAUAGAUUUAAAUUCUUUUUUGGACAAAAAUAAUAGAUUUAAAUCAUGUUUGAGAAAAAACCGAAAUGCAAUAAAGAAAAUUUUUUUAGGAAGAGACAAAUAAUCAAAAGAAAUAACUAAAUAAGUGAAGUGCAAUUAAUAGUAAAAAAAAUUAUAGAAACGUGACAAGACAAGAAGUACAGAAUAAAAGAGACGUUUUAAAGUAGUCUUGCAGUGUAAGAGUUUAGUGACAGCGUCUCUGUUUCUAGAACAAACGUUUUCAUUUUCCUCUUUUUAAGGUAACUAGUUUGAGUUGUUUCCAGUGUUUGGUUCGAAAUUAAUAGUUCAUCUUGUUUCGCUUCACUGUUGUGUUUUAUAAGUCCAUAGUGCAUUAUAGGUUUUGAUGUGUUUUCAUUGGCUUAUGUUUGGUAAGUGACAUUUCUUCAAAGGGGUUCAGUAGUUAGUUACCUUUCAAGUUUUGGCCAGUGUGAUUGAGACUCUGGAGUCUGUCUGGAAUGGUGAGUGAAGCUGAUAACAAGUUCACUUGGGUGAUUAAAGAUUUCUCCUCUCUACAAUCUCGGAGGAUCUACUCUGAUGAAUUUUUGAUUGGUGGCCUCAAAUGGUGUCUUAUUGCUUAUCCAAAGGGAUCGAAAGUUGAUUGCUUGUCUCUGUAUCUUGGAGUAGCCGAUCAUGAAUCAUUGCCACUUGAAUGGAGAAGGAACACAAAAUUUUCACUCAAAGUAGUAAAUCAAUUUUCAGACAAGUCCUCCAUACUGCGAGAAGCCACUGAGUGGUUUGAUCAGAAGACUCCCUCUUUUGGUUUUACUAAAAUUCUUCCACUUGCUAAACUUAAUGCCAAUGAUGGUGGAUUUCUUGUGAAUGAUGAGCUCAAGAUUGUUGCGGAGAUAAAUAUUCUUCAAGUUAUCGGUGAAUCUAAUGAUGAAUCAGAGGGAUCUCAAGAGGUAGCAGUCCAACCUAUGAAAAAAACAAAGAUGACCGAGUAUGGUACGGGAUCUAGUGACUUGCACAAGGAAACUUCAGUGGGAAACGAAACCGUUGAUGUCAAUGGGUUUCAAGUCUCUACAUUACAGGUGGCAUAUGUGAGGUGUAUAUUUGAAAAACACCCAGACUUUGCAUCAAAAGUUCGUUCAAAUAGUCAGCUUCUGAAGUCGACAUACAUGAAUGUUCUCCUCGGACUAAUUGAAACACUCUGCCAGUUGCCUUAGAAGCUCUCUGAUGAUGAUUUGGAUGAAGCAUCGGCUGCCGUUUCAUACUUAACCCAGGUUGGCUUUAAAGUGGAUUGGUUGGAGGAGAAGCUGGAGGAAGUAAGGGAAAAGAAGACGAAAGUGUACACUGGCAAGGCUCAGCUGCAACACAUGGAGGAAGAGUUUAAGGUACUCAACAAGAAAUGUUUGGAACUUAAAGAUCUUGUAGAGAAGCAGAAUGCAGAUGUGACGGCCGCCAAUGUUGCUCUCUCGUUCGAUGAUGUUGUUUGAUAGUUUUCUACUCUUUGAACGCUUUUAACAUAAAAGAAUCGUACGUCCGUGAGUUUUGUAGUAUUUUGGAUGAAUGUUAUUAAUGCGGUUUCAGGGUGUCUUUCCAAAAUUCUUUUUAUACACUCUUACCUGUGUAUAAGUUUGAUGUAAGAACUACUAACCAAGAGUGAUGAUGGUUGAAUGAAGUAUAUGUUAUUACCUCUGAAUAGAAAACUCGAAAGCCAUUGACCUCAACGGUUCCAUCACCCUUCCUCAUUGAUAAGAUUAAGGCUCGGUAAAAAAUCUGAAUCCGAAGAACCGAAUCCGAUCCGAAAAAGUAGUAUGAAUCCGAACCAAAAUUGAUUAAAUAUCCGAAUGGGUUCAAAAUUUUGGUAUCUAGAAAACCGAAACCA